AAUAGCCAAGCGAAAUAACAGCCCAGUCGUGUCGACACGUUCAGAUAAACAACGGAGACGCGCGAGCAAUUUCGCGCGGCCAAUGCAAUCCGAGUUGACGUACGCAAAGAUGGUCGUUUCUGCGACCGCAUCUGGUCAAAUGACUGUGACAAUCGCUCUUAUCGCGGUAAGCCGUUAAUGAAAACGAACAACGCGGCAUCUCUUUUCCGAUCGUUCAGCCGCCAAAUUUCAGGUUGGAUUUGCAGGUAAUUGGCCAGUAUAUCGAUCAAAGGUUUGGGCUAUGAAAAUGAAGAUUCCAAAUGGUGGAUCCGGAAACGGAUACUACGGACAUGAAACAGGCAUCACUGCGUCUUACGUAGACAACAGCAAUGAUCCGGAACCUGAAGUGCAAGCAACAGGUGACACUGAUUUCUCAGAAUAUCUGUGGAUGGAAAAUGAAGAAGAAUUUGACAAACAGGUACUUCAACAACUAGAAGAAGAAGCAUUAAUGGAAGAAUGCUUGGAAGCAAUGCUAGAAGAAGAACGACAACAUCAGAGAAAUAUAGACUCUUCAGUUGCUACAGCUUGCAUGACUGAGAACAAUGCAGCAGAGCUUUGCCAGCAACUGAACAGUCUGAGUAUGCAUGACGACAGUCUUGCCAAACAGAGCACGCUAAAUCCGGACGCGGCCGAAUUUGUUCCAGCAUUUCAACCGGCAUCAGCAUCGAUUGUACCUUCUUUGAACUUCUCGAACCAACUUGCUAAACUAAUAAUCGAAUCUCUCUCUUUUGACGAAUAUUAAUCCUGAUUCGUCUCCCGCUAAGUCUCUUGAUUAUUCAUCGUUUGUUUGCUGAAUAGAAAAAUGCGAUGGUUUAUCUACAGAUAUUAUAUAAAAAUAAGAGGCAAUCGUGUGUGAAAAGUAUAUGUCAUAAGUGUAUGUAUACAUAUAUAUACGUAUAUGUAUACAUGUUACAGUAAAAGAAUCGAUACAUGUGCGAGAGCGAUUCCGUGCUUUUACUGUAACAUAUAUAUCUCAUCACUUUGAAAUUGUACAAAUUUUGAUUUUACUUUAACGUUGUUGUCGAAUGUCAUGAAGAUCAUCUAAUUAUACGUGACAUAUAAGAUAUAUUACAUCACAAUAGACACCAUGUGAGAUUUGCAAUGUGCAUGAACGCCGCAUAAUAUUUUUGAGAUCUAGAUUCCUCUCGUCUCGAAUCUUUUGGUAAUUUUAACUUCUCGUUUAACUCACGCGCAUGAUUUGCUAUUUAUCUAUAUACAUAUAUAUAUGUAUAUAUAUAUAUAUGAUAUGUAAUAGUAAGAAUUAUUAUUAGGCUAUUCUAGAUUUAAGAAACAUGCAGCUGUAUAAUCCUCUCGUACAGUACAAUGUGUGAGGCAGUACUAAAAUAAAAAUAAAAAAAAAAUUAAAUAAAUAUAAAAACAAACAAAAAACAAUUAGCAUACAAACAUAAAUUAUCGUAAAUCUCGUUGCGAUUAUAUAUACGUAUGUAUCUAUGCAGUACUCGAGGGAAAGAGUGCGAAUGUAGUUUCAGAUUCUCAUUAAGAGAAAGUCGACUAUUUUGUGUGUUUAUAUAAGAAUAAUUGUUAUCUUCCCUUAGCGUUAUGUUGAUCAAAGGAAAAAAAAAAGUACAAAAGCAAAAUGACAUAAAAAUGUAAUUUUCACACUUUCUUCCGGAAGAAUAGUAUAGUCGUUAUUCUACGUUAUUGUAUUAUUUAUAAUAUAUACUUCGUGCAAUGCAAAUUUGUAUUGUAAAGUAGUGCGUAUAUGUGUGCAUAUACAUGCAUACAUACAUAUAUACGUAUAGAUAUAUUAAAUUUACUACAUACAGAUAAAACAAAUACUUUUAUAUAUUACAAUAAUUUAAUUUAUAAUGCCUUUCGUUACACACACACACAUACACACUUAAAUUUUUGCAUUUGUGGUUUUUGUGUCUGCUCUUUAUUUUGUUCUGUAGCAUUUAACAUGUAGCGUUAAAUUGAAAUAUAUAAACAUGUAUGUAUAUGUA